AUGCCUGAAAAUUGCAAAAAUCGAUUUUUUGCAGUUUUCAAAGAGACCCUCUAUCACGACCCUUGGUCCCCAUUGGUCCCACUCAACCAAACAACUCGAUUAGAGGAGGUAGAUAUGAGUUUCGAACACUAUGCCAACAAGACUCUAGAAGAGAAAAACCUGGAAACUAUCCCAACUUCUCGAGCUUCUCCUGAACAUCCCCAGAUCAACAAAAACCUCCGGUUCAAUCCAUAUAUGAAUGAAAACAUCGCUUCACCCAACAAAGCAACUGCAACAAACCAUUCGGAUACCAACUACAAAAAGUUUUCCAAUACGAAUCUGCAGCAGCAAAAUGUGGAAACCUUCAGUGAAAAAUUGACCUCACACCAUUCUUCCUGGAAACCCCCCAGAUCGCCCCACAACCUCAUAGAAGAAUUCCUCUAUCAGGACCCUUGGUCCCUAUUGGUCGCCACCAUCUUCUUGAACAAAACCAACUGCACCGUAGCCAGACACCACCUGUUGCGAUUCCUUCAGGACCACCGUAGUCCUCGGGACGUUUUGGACAAGUCCUUGCAGGACUUGGAAAAGUACUUUGUCGGUGUGGGGCUGCAACGCACCAGGGCGUUGCAGUUGUACAGGAUGUCCUACGAUUUCUUGUUCAAGAAGUGGACUAGUGUUGUGGAGUUGUAUGGUAUCGGACAUUACGGGGAAUGUGCAUUUAGGAUGUUUUGUUUGGGGGAUUUCAGCGUGGAACCGAAGGACAGAUACUUGAGGAUUUACAAGGGAUGGUACGAGAAGGUCGGUGCGGGGUGA